AAACCACCCCCUGCUGCUGAACCCACUUCCUGCCAAGGUUUUCUCCUUUCCCCAGUCACCACCAUUACACCUACAGAAAUUGUGGAGACCUCGACCAGCUGCACUGGUGGCUGCUCCUUUGACACUUGCUGAGAGCACUGUUUUAGCACCACGAGCUGCAGGGUGGAGCUGGCUAAACCGGAGGAUUGAGUCUCCCCACUACAGUAAGAGAAGAAUCAGCAACACCACCACAGUGCACCUUUUACUGUGAUCCCAGUGACCGGGCUGUGGAUGGUUACUGCUGACUGUGAAUGUCACACUGAGCAGGUGUAUUUAACCUGUGAUUAAUGGUACAGAACAGGCUGUCCGUGCUGCCACCCGUCUCUGAACCCCUGGAACGGAGGCUGGGCACAGGAAGGAUGUCAUGACACAGGGGAGGACACCCCACUGAACAGAAAACCUUCUGCUGGGUUGGACAGUGAGUCAAACUGCUUCUUGGAAAUUUUGGGUUUUGUUCAUUAACAGCAGGAUUUCCUUCACCAAAGACAAUGGAUUACAAAACGUUACCUGUGAGAGAAUGGGUUGAGAACCACGUCAAAUGCUGGCUGGAAUCUACUGGAAUCAAGAAGGAGUAUGUAGAUAAACUACAUGCAGAAGAAGUGACAGGUCCAGCAUUAAUGAAACUGGAUGAGUCUUUCCUCAAAAAGAUAGGAAUGAAGCAAGGCCAAAUCCAGAUCUUAAUCCACAACAGAAAUGAACUUCUGCAGCUCCAGGACAAUGCACAGCAAGCUGAGGACUCCAGCAGCAAAACACCCGACAGAAAGGAGGCACAAACAGGCCCAGGCAGAGCCAGCAACGCCCCUGCUCAGGGCACGGCGAGUGGAGGCAGCUCUGGUGCUGUGGGUACCACCAGCAGUGAGAGCACAGCUCCUACUUCUGGCAAGAAGCCAAAAAGAAGCAAAAAAUCCCAGCUUCCAAGUGCUGAUGAAGUUUUAGAGGUGAGAAACUGUCGGCCAUUUAGAAGUCAGGAUACUGAUUUCAAGUAUGUGAAGGACACAGUUCUUGCUCCAGAAUCAGGAGUCUGUGAUUUAAUCAUUCCUUGCCACGAAUACAAAUCCUGUGAUACUGCUUCAGAGCUGAACAAACAUCAGCUACAAUCAAAAUUUGCCUCUGAAGUGAUAAGAUUUGCUUCAGCCUGCAUGAACACUCGAACAAAUGGCACCAUCCAUUUUGGUGUCAUGGACAGUGUUGAGGACAAGGGCUGGAAACACGGACAGGUCAUUGGCAUAAAGGUCAAAAACCGAGAAGACUUUGUUGAUGCACUGGAUUAUAUAGAAAAGUGCUUUUGCAAUAAUUUACAAGAAAUCGCAAGGAAAUGUAUUCACCCACCUGUGUUUGUUGAAGUGAUUUCAAAAGACUCUCAAGAACAAAGAUUUGUAGUGGAGGUUGACAUUGAACCAACAUUCAGCUUGGUAAAGAGCAAUUGUUUUGAAGUUUAUUUGCCAAAAUACAAUGAAAGCAGUCAGAAGGUGAUCCUGACCAAAGAACCAGCUCUCUACCAGCGACUGGGAGCGAAGUCCGAGCCUGUGCAGCGCAGCAAACUCACUGCUUUCAUUCAAGCUAUACCAGACAGGGAUGCUCAAAGACAAAGAGCUGAGCUCUCCAGCACACAAGUACCUACAGAAAUACCUCAAGAUUUAGGAAGAAAGUUAUCAAUUCUAUUAAAUGAUGGCAAAAGCUACAUGGAUGAUUCUCUACGGUACAUCCUUGUCACAAACAGAUGUGAACAGGAUAAUUUGAACUACAUCAACUUUUUAAUGCACUUGAACAUUUUCUGUGUCUUUGACUUUGAUGAACAUUCUAAUGUGUCAGGGCUGUACAGCAAAUACAAAGAGCACCACGAAACAAGUUCUUAUUUCUUAGAGGAUUUUUUCAAAGAAAUGAAGACUGAUAAUUCUCCCUCUCAGAAGCUAUUUGAUCAGACCAGCUGGAUAUUCUGCAAUGGGCGCAGCGACUUCCUCGGAGAUGAGAAAGCUUGUGAUGAAAAUACAUGGAUUAGAACAAAAAAAAAACACCUAAAGAAAGUAAUUAAUUGUAUCUGUGAGGAAAUUCUGCCAGAGCGCUCUUUCAUUGUGCUUUUUCUAUUGCUGUCACCAGUGCAGAAACCACUUGUGGACACUUUUCAGGAAUUCUAUACAGAGAUGAAUGGCAUGGAGUACAUCAUCUGCAUUGCAGAGUCCAGAGACAAUUACAGGAAGUGGGCUACUCUAGCUCAGGAAUCCUGCAGCAUUGAGACCCUGGAACAAUGCAGUAUUGUGGGUAUGAAGCUCAGUCACGUAGAUGCCACCAUCCAAUCAAUGCUGCCUUCUACAGCCCAACCCAGACACCUGCCAGCUUCCACUGGAGGUGUGUGUACACUUCCCUUGCGGGAAGAAGAGAAAUUGUGUUCCCUAGAAAUCCUUUGUGCUGACCAAUGUGAUGAUAUCAAAUUAAAUCUUUGGACUGAAAAACAAAAACAAGAAAUAGAACAAGAUUUUUACCGUGGGAGAAAAAUCAUGUGGGAAAACUUGUGGCUUGCUGAUAAUAAACUCUGUGGGGACAUCAUUGAACGUGAAGCCUGUGCAGAGGCAACCAAACUGCUGGAUGGUAUUUUACGAGGAGGUGGACACAAUUAUCCUGUGGCUAAACUAAAGAUAUUUCACCAUCCUGGAAGUGGUGGAAGCACAAUAGCACGGCAGGUUCUGUGGAAAAGCAGAAAGCGUUUUAGAUGUGCUGUUAUCAAGACCUCCUAUCCACCCUCAACUGUUUGUAAUCAUGUGCUCGCCCUUAGAGAUUUUGAAGAAAAGGAAAUCACUCACUGUUUUCCGGUGCUGCUCCUGAUCGAAGAUUACGAUGACGAGUACUUUGAUGAACUACAGAGUGAGUUAAUGGAGGCUGUAGCAGCCAGGAAAAUGAAUUCCUCCAGGCCUUACUUCAUCCUCAUAUGCUGUAGACGAUACAAUGACCCUGAAAGGCUUUGCAAGGCUUCGCUACAGGACACAGUUGCUGUCACUCACAAACUGACAGAGUCAGAGAAAAAUCUGUUUAACACCAAACUAGGGAAACUGCAGGAGGAAUAUCCUGAGCCAGAAUUUAUACUUACGUUUGUGCUGAUGUGUAAGGAGUUCAAUAAAACAUAUGUGUCAGACAUGGUUGAGCACAUCCUGCAAGGCAUCGACCCUUCCUCUCGUGACACCUGUUUGAUGCGUUACAUUGCUCUGCUCAACUGCUAUGUACCAAACUCAUACCUUUCACUGUCACACUGUGAGGCUUUUCUGGGCCUGGGGGCAUAUACAGAGAGUAAAGCAAGAGCAUACGAUUUCAAAUAUCACUUGAGUGAACAAGCAAGAAUGAUUUUUAUUGAGCUAAAGGAAAGCACCACUUGUAUUUCAACUAUUCGGAUAAUCCACUGCCUGGUUGCAAAAGAAAUUCUGCAUCAGCUUUCAGGGAAUCAAUCACUAAGUCAACUUGCAACAAAUCUUCUUCAGGAAAGGAUGCUCUUUGAAAACAGAUUUGGACAAAAAGAAUUUAUAAAGUUUAUCAGACAUCUGUUUAUUCGACGUGAUAAAAGAAGCAGGGGUGACAAUACUGAUACCCUCUUCUCCCCAUUCAUUGAACAAGUCUGUGAAGCUGAAGACUGUGAAAAAGCCAUUGCUGUUUUAAAAGCUGCAUAUGAACUCCUUGGAAAAGAUCCUUUUUUUGCCCAGCAGCUUGCCAGACUAAAUUACAGCAAUGAAAAAUUUGAAGAUGCUGAAUACUGGGCAAAGGUUGCAAAAUCACAUUUGCCAACUGAUUCUUUUAUUUUGGAUACAGAAGGUCAAGUCUACAGGAGAUGGUUUGGUUUCACUGUGGAUAAAAUGACAGAGGAAGAUACUCCUGAAAGGAUCACUGAGAAGAUAUUGCUUGCUCUUGAAGCUAUGAAAUGCUUCAGGGCUGCACAACAGGCAGCAAAGGAAGAACGUGAAAGUAUGAACAACGCUGGCUAUUUUGGAGAAGUAGAAGUAGGUUUUCGCCUUCUUCGAUUUUUGUCCACACUGCCUGUAUUCCACAGAAAUCUAGAGGGAGAGCAUACUGAGCUUGUGAAAUAUCUCACCACAGAUUACAUUCCUGAAGACAUAAAAAGACCAUGGGGAAGGCUUCAUUCCCGCUUGAAAGGCUUGCGCCAGAACCUGUACAAUGCUCUGGAAUGGAUUUCAGAAGAACUAAGUUACUUCCAAACAGAUAAAAAUCAAGAGAAGGAUGAUGAAAACGAUGAUAAGGAAGAACAAAUUCAUAAUCCCAGAAAAUGGCUGAGGAAGCAAGCAGCUGUAUACGCUAAAUUCUUCAUCUCAGCAUCAUUAAUAGAUGACAGCAAUGGUCCUGACACUCAGCUCAUGAGACAGAUGAGUAUUUAUGGGAGUGGUGGAGGAAAUGUCACCAAUAUCCUGUCUUUCUUAACAGAUAAGAAAGAGAACAGGUCAGCUGAAAAGCUAGAAAAGAUCCUUAGUUUCUAUCCAGAAAACCCGCUGAGGAACAGGUUGGAGGACAAUGAUUUGAUCAAUUUUAUUUUGUGCCACAUCACAUUAGCCUGCUUAGCACCAGGAUCAGCCAAACUCCUUCCACUGCCACCUCUUCGUGAGCUCAGUCUAAGAUUCUUCAAAGGAAAGAGACAAUUUCCAGCAAGUGCCUAUUUUUUGCUCACCUUGCUGUACUGGCCAGAUGAGGCAUUAGACAAAGAGCCUAAUCCCAUUAACGAUGAAAUUUUAACUUCAGCCCUUCAAACCCUGAAGCGUUUAUAUGACAUCAAAAGGAAAGAUGUUCCUACCAGAAAGAAAAGAAUCUACACCCAUUUUUUUCUGGGAAAGGGUUAUGGCUUAAGUAAGAUAGUGCACAAAACUAAAAUUGACAAAUUGAUGGUGGGAUCCUUAGAUGAGAGGAGAACAAAGUGGCAGCAUGGAACAGUAUGGAAUAUUCCCAAAAUUCGUGACAAUCUCAAAAGAGUUUCUGGCUGGUCCAAGGACAGAAAUUUAUUUAUACGAGGACACAAGAAGGAACUCCGUGUCUUGCCACUCCAUCAUGAAUCAGUGCCUGCUGGAAAUGAAAAUGUGACCUUUUAUUUAGGCUUUUCAUUUUAUGGUCUUGUUGCUUUCGAUGUUGCGGUUGAAAAUGACCCAGCCAUCAAAAGAACCUAAGGUAUGUAGUACAGUACUGUAUGCACUGUGCUCUUAGAGGGUACAACACUGGAAGGGUCCAGUCUCACAUUUAAAACUAAAAGCGGACUGUUCCUGGGUAACUACCAGGCAACAUCAGAAUUAACAACUAUAAUAGCGACCAAAUAACUCAAAAAAAUUUAAACUAUGAGUAGAGUGAACUUUGAGCCAAGCCUUUGAGUGUUUUUGAGUUACAGAAAGCAAGAUUUCAAACCAAAGACAACAACUGAUCUGGUUCUUCUUACCCCACAGACUAGGAUUUUAAGUUAAUUUCUGCAUAGUCUUGAUCAGUAAAAGAAUUUGUCCAGUGUUCUUGUCAUCUUAUUGCAAAAGUUCCAUACCUUCUUAGUGAUUUCUCAUGGGCAGCUCCUUGCAGCACUGACUCCUUCUUCACAGUACAGCCAACAAACUCCAGGUCUCUCCUCAACCAGCUCACCCACUCUCUUGUAGCACGUCUUCUUAUUGGACACAGCUGUGGCCUAUUAAGGGCAGGCCUGUUCCUAAUCUUUGGUGAUUAGUACAGCUGCAACUCCUCAGGGGUGAGGUUACUUUCUGCACUAUUUUCUUACAUUCUAUCCCUCCACAAUUCCCCCUUUUCUUUUAAUUACAAAGUUGCAGCAUCUCUAGAAAGAUAUGUUUGAGUAAAUUAAUAUUAAAACAUAUUCAUGUCUCACUUAGGACUAACAGUAUACAAAUGCUCAGGCAACACAUCACAGCAAGAACACACAUUUCUUAGUUCACUAUUUAGUUUUGCUUUUCACAGUCUAGAACAUCAACCUAAGGCUUUUCAUAAACUAAUGUUGUGCUUACUAUCUUUUGUAGGGCCCUUUGCAAAAGACACUAAACCCAGUACAAACAUCUUUUGUGUAAUCUCUAUUUAACUUCAGAUUGUGCCUGUGCACUGACCUUGAUUCAGUACUCAAACUUACAUUGAAUAUAAUCAGAAACUCUUAUACAUACACUUCUAGAAUAUUGACAAUAUCAAUAGCUGUACAAUUUUAUAAGGCAACUCACAAGAAUAAGUUAAAGGCUAUAUAUUGGGCUAGUAACAAAUCAACAGUUACAUAAUUUUAUCAAUAGCUAUAUGACUUGAACAACAUUGAUCCAGUAUCUGUCGAAUGUACUUAUGCUUAUGGAAUAUAAACUUUCACACUUAUGUCUAAUCAAAGAUAAAUGGCUGCAAUUAAAAAACAAAAUGCACGUUUCAUCAGCAAACAAAUAUACCAUACUGAAUGAUAAAGCUACUCUGUCCCCAACUCCCACUGCUGUUUUAAAAAUUCUCUUCUUCCUUUUACAGUUUUUUGAUGUAUUAGUUGGUCACUGGAAGCCUCUCCACCCUGCUCUGUUUUCCAUGUAGAUGAAACAAUCUGUUCUUCACUAGAUAUGCUAUUUCUCAUUGUGUCCCCAGCGGCUCACCUGUACUCCAGGUGUCAAAAUCUGUCAGGUCUGGACCAGGCAGCAUCCCCUGCUGCUCUCAGAGCUAUGCUGGGCUCCAUCUCCGGCUGCACCACGCCCUACAGCCCAGCCCCAAUCACAUCGGGUUACUGUGGAGGUGGCCACUAUACAGUUUAGAAGGCUUCUCUUACAUGUUGUCUGGGCAGCUCUGACUCUGCCUCUCAGAGCUCCACGUUGCUUUUGUUCCAGUGCUCAUGUAGCAGCAACUUAGCAAACCUCCCCCUCUACUCCUCAGGGGCCGUGCUAGUGCUGAGGCACCGGCUACUGCUGUGGCCAUGCCAUUUGCCACUUCUAUGAUGCCACUCCUGUGUCCUGCUGCACACACUGCCAAUCAGGGGGAACCAGGCACCAUCCUGGGUCCCCUCUGGACUGCGGCCGUACCUUGGCAGGGAGCACAGGGCUUGCUCCAAUGCACCAAAUAAGCAAAGUGUGUAGCAUCCCCUCCUCAUAUCCAGCACUCUUCUCCUUGGGGGUGGUGUCUCAUACAUUGUCCAGACUUCUAGGCUCCCAGGUCUGCCUGGCUGUAACUCAUCUGGAUUUUUAGGAUCUCGGGCUCUUGGUCUGCCUGGUCAGCUCCUAGGCUCCUGGUCCACCUGGCUCCACUAUCUUACUGCUCCUAGGUCUGUGGUCAUCCUCCUGAAUCAUCGUGGGAUCACAGCACUUUAAUAUUAAAGUCCUUUUUCCCAAACCACCACAGGAUCAUGUCAGAAUCACAUCGGGGUCACCAAUCGUCAUCUUAUUGCAAAAGUUUUAUACCUUCUUGGUGAUUUCUCAUGGGCAGCUCCUCACAGCACUGACUCCCUCUUCUACACAGUACAGCCAACAAACUCCAACCCACUCUUGAACCAGCUAACCCACUCUCUUGUAGCACUCUUCUUAUUGGACACAGCUGUGGCCUAUUAAGGGCAGGCCUGUUCCUAGUCUUUGGUGGUUAGUACAGGUGCAACUCCUCAUGGGUGAGAUUACCUUCUGCACUAUUUUCUUACACUCCAUCCCCUGACACAGUGUAACUAAAUUUUUCUUCCUGAAUCAGCAACAGAAAAAUGAACUCGGACCAAAUAGCAAGUACGAUAUGUACCAUGUAUGAAAUAACUACCAACUGCAAAGCCAGUGUCAGUAUGGAAGCAAUUUUCAGGCUGACUUCACAAUCAGACUGAUAAAAAACAGGCCCCAAAUUCUGCAGAAUCCUACUCCUUCUCUGCUUCUCUGUGUAAAUAUUACCUUACUAGACAUAUCUAUAUCUGGGCUGGGGUGGAGAGAUAUGUGAGCAGUCAUGGGUUGCGUAGAAGAUCAGUUGUAAGCACUGUUAUGUGUUCAUAGUCCAAACAAUUCCUGCACUUGGUGGAAUUAUUUUGCAUUAUCAGCCAAGCAAUGCCACAGAAUACAGAACUGAAAUUUGUCUAGAGCAUACAUCCAUGAUUUGAAAAAUGCAGAGGAGGUUUUCAGUGCUAUGUUUGCAACCAUGAUGCCACAUUCAGCUUCUAAUAACAAAAAUGUGUUGAGUUUCACAUUGUUUGAUAUACGAUAUUGUGACUAAAAUUGCCCAAACCCCGUCAUAUAACUUGUUUUAAUCAAAUAAAUAUCUUUUAUGAAGUA